AUGGGUAAUCAAAGUUCUCGUGUAGCGCCUGCAAAAUCUUUACAUAUACUUGAUACUCAAACUCGUACACGUUAUAAAAAUCAACGUGAAAAUAAUAAUCUUCGUCGUAAACUUCGUAAUAUAGGUAUUCAACAUCAUGAUGAACUAACUCGAUUAACCCAUGGUGAACAAGAUGUUAAAAUGAAAUUACAUCAAUUACAUUAUGAUAGAAUACAAAGAGAUUUAUAUAAAAAAAUUGAUCAACCACGUCCAAAGACCACAGGAUCGUUCUUCAAUGUAGCUCAUCUUGAUAAUCCACCACCACGUGAUAGUGAUAUUCUUAUUCUUCAUAAUUUAUAUGAAUCACAAGUACAUGACAGAGCCAAUGCAGUAUUACAUAAAUCAAGUAAAGCAUCAGAUAAAGUUCAACCAUUAAGUGGUUUUCAAAAAUUUCAAUUACAAUAUUCAUCAAGAUUUGAGAUGAAUCAAAAUCAAUUAGAACAAAAUGAAAAACAUUUGGCAGCAAAUAAACAUUCUUUAAAGAAAGAAACUGAACUAAUGAAAAAAUCAAUUAAAACAGCUGUUGCAAAAGCAGCACGUGAUUCACAUGUAGUUAUACGUCGUGAUGCAAAUAGUUUUUAA